CAAAUGUGGUGAAAUUGUUGGAAAGAAGGUGGGGAUAUAAACAAGUGUUAUCUUUCAAUAGGCAAAUAAAUCUGUUAAUAAAACGCAUCGUCAUUUAAGUAACAAACGUUCCUAUUUAACCUAUCUAGUAACCAUUUAGUUUCAUAUCAUUCCCAGCCCAAAAUUUGAAUCAACACUAUUAUUAACAAACUCCACACCGAAUACUUACCUAUUUCCCUUUGGCUUCUAUUAUACAAACAAAAUGCCCUGCAGAGUCGGUGAUAUGGAUUCUAUAUCCGCUCGUUUUCAGCCUAGUGUUAGGAUAGGAAAUUGGGUGGAAGAAAAUUGCCUAGAGGAGGAUAAAAUAGUGAACUUCAAGAAGCAACGCGAUCGAGGCGAACUUCUGGUGGAAAAAGCUCGUACUUUGUAUGAUAAUUUCCACAAGGAGGUCGUCUUGGCUGCACCCAAGCAGACCAUUAUUUUCGGGGCCAUUGUGCAACUCAUGCCCAUCUAUAUGAACAUCAGUGAUAUGGACACCUCCGAUCUGAAUGCCGCCUUGUCGGUGGUUAUCAACGAGAAGGUGGUGCGCAAAAGUCAGUCAAUCAACGAGGAUUGCGAGCUAACGGUGGCACCCUCAAAACGACCCUGUGUGCGAAACUCCUUCAAAAUAGUCAGUGGAGAUGGUCGGGAUCGCACCGGGGAGAACAUCAAGUACGGACAGCGAUUCCAGCUGCAGUGCAUGGCCUCGGAACAGGAUCCCAUCGUCCUGUACAGUGGGCCCAAGCGGUGCAAUCUGCAGCAGGGCGUCAAUGCCACCUAUUUGUCCCACAAAAACGGGGAGCUCAACCUCAACUUGGGACUUGUGCAUCGCAGCAAAAUCAACUGUCCCGACAACGAUAUCCCCUUGGCCUAUACGAACUGGUUCUGCAGACACGUUGAUCCAAAACAGCGUUUUGAAAGCGAAGGAGAAGAUAUACCUAGCAAUACCCCCUUGGUGAUUGUGCACGGAACUACAAAUCGAAAUCUAGCUGCCGAAAAUGUUUUAAUACAAACUCUUUUUGGCCCGGAGUUCCUGGUAUCCGUACAGAACUAUCGCAAUAUCUAUAAGCACGAGAUCUGGAAGAACGUUUGGAUGAUCAGCAAUGGACAUCAGACUGGCUCAAAAUCUUCAAAUUCCUCGUCUCACUGAGUUCUUAAUGCUGCAAAGGCCCACGAAAUUACAUAUUCCUAAAAAACAAGGCCCAGCAACUAUGUGGUGUGUGAACUUGAUUUUUAGGCGGCAAAAAUUUAAAUUUCGCACAUAAACUUUGACGAGUUGAGCCCCUGCUGUUUGACCUAGAUAGAAAUUGGCAUUUGGCGGGUUAAUUUAAAGAGAAAAAAAACUGGGACGGUACUUAAGAUAAUUGGUAAAGGCGUAUUACGCAUUGGAAUGGCUUGUAAUGUAUCAAUUCAGAAUCAAG